AAACUGUUCCAUUUCUCAUCAGUGUUGUGGUGCUGCUGCAGUGCUGAUGCUAAUUCCAUGUCUUCAAUUCAAGAAAUCACAAACCUAUUCGCUGCCCUAGCUCUGAAUCUUAAAGCUUCGGAAAAUGAAGAAAUUGAUAACUCAAUUCAUCUCUCCAUUUCAAAACUGAACCAAUCUAUCAAUUUAAGUUAUCAUUCUAGGACUAGGGUUUUGGACACCGCUCUUUCACUCAUGUGCUUUACUUCUCCACAGGUUUUUGAUUCAAUGAUUGAGUAUUCUGUCAAGACAGUCGUUUCUGUUUUGUCUUCGUCAAUCAAUUGCAAGGCUAUCAGGUGUGGUGAAGAAGCGGUUUUGUUGAUUGGUUGCUUAAUUUCGAGUCAUGAUGUUGUGGAAUUGGUGGAAACGUGUGGCGAUAUUUUGGGCAAAUUGAAGGCACGUGGCGUGUCGGAAGAGCUUCCAGGGAUCAUUUGCGAAUCACUAUUGUAUGCUGUUGUAAAAGUGGCAGUAUCAGCAUCUAGCUUCCGACAUGUAAAGGAAUUACGUCCUGUUCUUGAUGUAAGACCUGGUGCUGGAAGAACGCUUGAUUUAUCAAAGCUGCUGUGCUAUGUGCCAAAAGAAAUGACUGUUAAGAAAGGGGAGAUUCCACUGAGGUUGAUGUUUUGGUAUCUUGACCCUCUUGUUUUGAAGAAUGAUGUAACACAGAUCCUGCAAGAAUCUAUUAGAAGGCCUUUUAUUUGUUUAUUUACUGAGCUUUGUCAAAGGAUUGAAUGGCGUUCUACAAUUCUAUCCCUAGCAUUUUCUCCUCUUAUGUUUAUCGAGACAAGAAGCUUGCUGCAUAACUGGUUCCUAUUGACGGGUUUGGCUUCUUUGUUGGAGUUUCAAAUUAAAUUAGUCUCGUUGGUACUAGAUAUCAUUUCCAGACCAAUGAGAUGGGGAAUAUUAGCAGAUGUGAGUUCAAUGCUGCCAUUUUCUCAUGCAUAUUUUCCCCACAGUCUCCAAUUCUUGAAGAUUCUGACUGGACCUUUGACAUCUGGAGGUUUGCUACAGUUAGUUCACAAUAUAAGCAACUCACAAUUCCGGGCCGAAAGAUGUUCUCCUAACCAGGCAGCAACUAAAAGUUCAUUGGUGGAUCACAAGUCUAUGUGGGCUAUCGCGAUGAACUUUCCAGAUUGGUUUCAUAUUUCCAGUGUGGUACUUUUCUUAAAUAAAAGCUCAGGAGACAGUUUCGGGUCCACAUUUAUAUCUGGGGCUGCUUUCGCACAGGAUACAGAGGAAGCAGAACCACUUUGUUCUGCUGCUGCAAGGUACAUUGCCUGGAUUCUGAACCCCAUUGGUAAAAGCCAUCAGGAUGUCCUAGCCCAGAAUUUAGUAAAAAUGGCAGGUAACUUCACUUCCAAGCAGUAUGGUUUAGCUAAAACUACGAACCCUAAGAAGCUCAAAAGACCUAAAAUUUACCAUGGUGUGCAUGGUAAGGAAUAUGAUUGUCAGAUAAUUCAAUUGUGGAUCAAUGACUUUAGGGAUAUGUAUAGUAAACAUAUCUACAAUACUGUUAAUAGUUCAAUUGAAGGAAAGUCUGCUCCUUGUGCAAAACUUGGGCUAGAUAUGUUAUUUAGAAGAAUUUCAUUGGGCAUCUUGAUUGGUUGUUCUGAUAAUGUAAAUGAAGAAGGCUGGGAGAUUCUUUUGCAUUAUGCUGCAACGGGUAUAAUAUUACAGUUGACAAACACCCAGGACACUGGAUUGCGGCCCAAACAGAAAUCUCAGGGGAUGGAAGUCUCAGUUGCAUGGAAUGAAAACUCUGAUUUAAAGGAAGUUGAGAAAGGAGCAAUUCUAGUCUUCUAUUUAACUGAUGUGGUUGAAAAUAUGUCAGUCCCAUUGACUGACUCUGAAGAAAGUGAAAGUGAUUUUAUUUGCCGGGUGAAAUCGAAGGCUACCAAAUAUUUGCUGAAAUGUGUAAAUAGGCUACUCAAUUUAAAUGUUCAUGAAGAUUACGCCUUGAUGCUACAAGACCUCCACAAGAGGUUAAUUCGGUGGAGCUACCAAGGAAAAGCUGUUUUCCAAGGAAGCAAGGAUGUCGAUGAUACUAUUGAAACUAUAAGUAAAAUAUUAUCUUCGUUGUGAGAUGUGGUACUUCCUGUCUGUCUUUUUGCAAUAUUAUUGUAAGAUCUGAUAUAUAGGUUCUUUUUUGGGUAGAUGAAAAGUGUUUUUUUUUUAUGUAGAAAGGUGAAUUUUGGUUGCAAUAGAAUGCAAGUGAUUAUUGAUUUC